AUGGAGCACGGCUGCCGCCCCUCUCUGCUCUGCAGUCUCCCCUCCCUGCUUCUCCUCGCCCAGCUGCCCACAUGGGGCUCUGCAGAUGAGUUCCAGGUGAUCGGCCCCUCAGAUCCCAUUGUGGCAGAGUUGGGUGGUGACGCCAUCCUGCCCUGCUCCCUGGUCCCAGCCAUGAACACAGAGGACACGGAGCUGCGGUGGUUCUGUACCAAGUUCUCAGAGGUGGGGUUUGUCUAUUGGAACAGCCGGGUGGAUCACGAGGAACAAAUGCCCCAGUACGCAGGUCUCCACAACUCCCCUCUUGCAGGCCUGGGCUCUGCCCCUCAAGUGCACAUUGAAGGGCUGGAGCAGGACGGGGUCCGCGUGGUGUGCAAGGCCUCGGGCUGGUUCCCGAAGCCCCAGGUGCAGUGGACAGACGUCUGCGGGAAGAAGUUCCUGGAGUUCUCUGAGGCCCAUGCCCAGGACGCAGCAGGGCUGUUCAGCGUGGAGGCGGCUCUGGUGGUGCGAGACAGCUCUGCAGGGAGUGUGAGCUGCUCUGUCCUCAAUCCCAUCCUGGGCCAGGAGAAGGCGAUGGCCGUGUCCAUCCCAGAGCCCUUCUUCCCACAGGCCUCUCCCUGGAAGGCAGCUUUUGCUGGGAGCCUGACGGUGCUGGGGCUCCUGCUCUUUGGGGCUGGCUGCUUCACCAGGAGAGAGCACUCUGCAAAGGUGCGGGAGAGGCAGAAAGAGCAGAAGCUGCGCCGGGUUAAGGAGGAGACCAGCGGGCAGAGGAGGAGGUACUGA